AUGAUAGCUGAGGGUGAUUUCCAUGUAACAAAGAUGGACGGACCCAAAAUCUCAAUGAAGGAAAACGAGCAAAAGGAAAAGCGUAUUGUGAUGGAUGCACUGUCACAGAAUGCAUCUUCCACUAAACACAGGACUUUUGAGUCUGCUUUACCAAAUGUUAGUACAUCUCUGGUAGUAACUGAUUUGCACCGUGCAAUAUCAUUACAACCUCCAAACCCAAAACUCCUUAGCCAUAGUCUUCCAAAUUCAGCCAACUCAUCACCUAUGUUCACUUCAAAUUUGAUGAAGAAGAAAUCGAACGGUGGGAGGAGCGUAGAAUCACCAUGUCAAGCUAGUAGUAUACUCAAGCAUAAGUGUCUGGUACAAGAAAUGCACUUAAGGAGAAGCAAGUCAUAUGGUGAAGGAAGAGCAUAUGCAUCCUUAGAUGAGUUUGAUCUCUGGUUGGUCAAACCAAGCACGGCCGAACAACAUGAUAACAUACAUCAUGGCAGCUUCUCCAUAACUGAAGCCAUCAAAGAGGGUCCUGUGAAUGGCAAGGACAUGGAAUCAUGUGAAGAAGAGGGGUUUAAGUGCAGUGCUCUUUGUCUGUAUUUGCCUGGCUUUGGGAAAGCAAAGGCAGUUAAAGCCAGAAAAGAAGGGUCAGAAAUGGGAGGUGCAAUAUCUAGGACUGUUUCUUUGGAGAAGUUUGAAUGUGGUUCUUGGGCUUCUUCUGCACUGUGCCAUGAAAUUGAAGGAGACCCCAUGAAUUCCUACUUUGAUCUUCCAAUGGAAUUGAUCAAGUGCAGUGCUAAUGAUGUUCAUGCACCCGUUACUUCAGCUUUUGUCUUUGAGAAGGGCCUUAAAGGGGUCCUCAAGACUGGUUCCUCCAGAACUAGUGGUAGAAAAUCAGACACAUCACCUCUCCAUGUUGGGUUUUCUACAUCUCACACUGCCUCUGCAGCAUCCUGCAUUUCUCCUCGUUUAAGAAAAGUCAAAGAAGAUUUUAACGCCUUCUUAGAAGCACAAAGUGCAUGA